CAUAGGGACCCUCGACUUCACCUCCUGAUUACGGUGGCUCGCACUUCAAUGGGCCAUCCAUGGACAUUGUAGUGCGCAUGCAACGCUACGAACAAGACCAAUGGGAUCUCCGCCGUCAGCUCACAAAUCUUCAAACCUACGUCGACGAUCUCAAACACGAAAUUCGACGGAUCAAAUCAUCAGACAACAGUGACGACGUCCGCGCCAACCUCACGUAUCUCCUAAUGGAGUCCGUCAAGCCCAUUGACUCCCUGAAACCGGAGGAAGAAGAGCCUGGUGAAGAUCAUGUGCGCCACAGAGAGGACUUCCCAAAUAUCAAAUUUUUCACAGCUCGGGACUGGACCGAGUACAAGCGCGACAACAAGAAAUCGACGCGCGAUGGCGAGCCUGUGAUCCGCGGGAAGGCUAAGUCGUCACUGGGCGAAAACCACACCGCUCUAUACCUCGAACGCACUGAUGGCCAGCCCGCCGACGGCGACUACGUCAACGACGCGCGCAAAUUUGCGCGCACGUUGAUCAACCUUGCCCUCACGUCAAAAUACAAGAUGCCCCGAAAGUGGAGUGAAGCUGACAUUUGGUUCCAGGAGUUAUUCUAUACCGCCCUUCGCAAGAGAUUUCCUCUAUUUCAGCUCUGCCACAACAACGCAAAGGGAAACUUCUCUAUGACGCAGGCAUACUACGAGGCGGUCACACGCAAAUGGGAGAACAUUCGCCCCCAAAACUUGGACCUCGAAAACUCAAAAUAUACGAUCAAGAGCCAUUCCGCCUCGGGCGAAGACGACGACGAGACUGUCGACGUGCGCGACACGACGAAGGCUUCAAAGCCCACCACCAAGCGCCCCCCCACGACGGUGAUCACGCCUCCCAGACCUGCCAAGGCCGCCCGCACACAGGGCCAGGACGCCGAACCGGAACUUUCGCGCCAAACCCCUGGCAAGGGUAAAGGGCGCGCUGGGCCUAGUCUCCUUGCCAUCAUGGCCACCUCCGCGUACGAUAUGUCGUCGUAUACCAUGUUUGCAGCCACUCAUGUACCUUGCCCAACACAAAACCGCCGUCCAGCUCGAACCGCGCGCGCCAAGUACCACGUCGGCCCCCGCCUUGGAAGUCGCGGCUCUCGAAACGUCCACUGUGGAUAUGGCGGGCCCUAGUUCCACACUGUCCGUGUCUCCUUGUAUGCCCUCUACAUUGCAAGCUCUCCAACUAGCAUCAACAUCUUCGUCUGCAUCACAACUGAUACCCACUGCAUCACAACUGAUACCCACUGCAUCACAACUGAUACCCACUGCAUCACAACUGAUACCCACUGCCUCGCAACCAAUACCAACUGCAUCGCAAGAUUCCGUCCCC